GUUUUCUAAACUUGAAUUUAUGAUCACGCAUACCUUUGAUUGGAAAUAAGUUUGUUGCGGUAAAACUGUGCGUACGUUAAUUGUUCCCGUACUUUCGUAAUAGCGCCCUCUUGUGAUAUGGUGCAUUUUGUAAGGUCAAAGUGUAAAUUCUUCAUGAUUCCGAUGAUUCGUAAACAAUGAACGUGUACCAAAUUUAUCUCCCCAAAUAAAUGUAAAAUUAUCAGGUUUUCUAAGUCCCAAAUGUUGUAGUUUCGGAUCCAACACAAUCGUGAACCACCACCACCACCACCUCCAUAAGAACCAAAUACAGCAGCAAUAAAGUACAUGCCUCAGGGUGCGUUCAGAAAGGGACCGAAUAAAAACACUUGUGUAGCAAAUGACGUUUGCAAGGCUACAUAAAAGUUCACGAUUUGGGACAUAGUUCUACAACUCAAUCAUGGCUGAGGCAGAUUCUGCAAAUAAUUUACCUGACAACGCUGAUGCGGUUAGUGAAGCCGGGUCAUCCAUUUCAAGAGCUAGCUCGAGGGUUAGCACAAGUUCAGUUUCCAGACGGAAAGAAGCCAAGGCCAAUCAGUUACUGGCACGCCUCAAAGCAGAGCAGUUGAAGAAGAAACAGGCAUUGGCGCAUGAGAAGCUCAAGAUUGAACAAAGGAUGGAGCAGAUGGAGGCGGAUGAUGAAUUGGAGCAAGCUGAGCAACAAGUACAGUUCUGGGAAAAUGAAGUUAGGACUGAGGAUGGUGUGACAGACGGUCCAUCCGUGAGAAACACGGAAUGGAAUUUAACCACCGCUUCAGAGUCCGCCGGGGUGACAUUACCUCAACAAGAUGUGUCUCCAUCCAGUAGUGACGAUGUCCCAGACAAAGUUGAUGGCAAAGCAGACCUCACAAAUCUUGCUCAGUUGGUUCAGGCCAUGACGUUGGCUAUCAAUACACCAAAACCAGAGCUGCUCUCCUUCAGUGGUGAUCCUGCAGACUACUCGGGGUUCAUCCACAAUUUUGAUGUGAAUAUUGCCAGCAAGGUUUCCGAAGACAGGGUAAAGUUAACUUACCUUAUUCAGUUCUGUAGAGGAAAGGCUCGAGAGAGUAUAGAGAAUUGUGUGCUGAUGGAGGAGAAAGCCGGGUAUAAGUUGGCGAAGGAAAUUCUUCGUGAUCAGUUUGGACAGCCACACGUCAUCACCCAAUCUCUCAUCAAUAAAGUCACCGAUAGACAACCGAUCAGGCCAAAUGAUGGUGCUGGACUGUGGGAGCUUGCUCGUCAGAUGAGGAAAUGCCAGGUGACUCUGUCGCAGAUUGGGUACUCAGCAGACAUGAACAGCUCCGACCGUCUCCUCAAGGUACAACGAUUGUUGCCGAUACAUCUUCAAUCCGAGUGGGCUAAACGAGCUCAGAUCAUGAUCCAGGGUAACAUGGAGCCUAACUUCUCACACUUGACUGACUUCAUCGAGCAAAAGGCGAAGAUAGCAAGUAACAUGUUUGGCCAGAAUAUUGGGACAAAUAUUCGAGCAGACAAGACAUCACAUCCCAGCUUCAAGAGUAAACCAGCUAAGGUUACCACGCUUGCUACUCAAGGCUCUAAUGCGGUAGGAGAGACAACAAAUGGACGAGGUCGUCCUCAGCGAGGAAACUAUGUGCCGAAAUGUCGCUGCUGUUCCCAAUCACAUACGUUGAAGGAAUGCAGAGAAUUCCAGCAAAGGUCUUAUGACGAUAGGCUGAAGUUCGUCCGAAGCAACAAGUUAUGCGACAACUGUUUCCGACCUGGGCACAUGGCUAAAGGUUGUAUGCUGAAAUCAACAUGUGAAGUCAGUAGCUGUACAUGGAGGCAUCAUACGCUGUUACAUCCUCCGCACAGAGAUGAUAGAGGUUCAAAGGGUGAAGGUGCCAAUUAUCCAAGUUCCAGUUCUGCAUCUGGGGCUGGGGACAAGAACCAGAGUCACACUACAAGCAAGCCAGAGAGCAGACAGCAUGGAAGUGUAAACGCAACUGCAGCUUCCAUGAACAGAGUGUGCCUAAGAGUUGUCCCAGUCAGAGUGCAGGGAAAGGACAAAGAAGUUCAGACGUGGGCACUGCUUGAUGGAGGGAGUGAUACAUCACUGUGCGAUAGAAGGUUGCUAGAUCAACUAGGCCUUCAAGGCAUAGAAAGGAACAUCACCCUCGCUACCGUCAAUGACGAGCACAGUGAGAAAACUGGAGUUGAAGUUAGCCUCACAGUAAAGGACUUGGAGGGACGUCAGAGUGUUGACCUUCCCAAGGUGUGGACUGUUGACAAGUUACCGAUCACAGACAGAAGUUUCCCAAGAGAAGAAGACGUAAGCAAGUGGCCACACUUACAGGGAAUAAGCUUUCCUAUGAUCAGUGAGCGUCGGGUGAUGUUACUGAUCGGGGGAGACACUCCAGAAGUCUUCUGGGUCCUGGAAGAGCGACGUGGCAAGAGAAAGGAGCCAUAUGCUGUACGAUCUCUUUUGGGAUGGACUUUGCUGGGACCUACAGCCACUAACGAGAAGCAGUUCAGUUUCAACGUAAAUCACGUUUUGCUUGAGGAUGACUUGCUGCUACGAACAGUUGAGAAAUUCUGGGAAACGGACUUCGGCGGCAAGAUGGCUGAUGGUGAAGUUGCUGACUCGGUGGAAGACAAACGAGCUAGGACCAUCAUGAUAGAAACUGUAACAAAGGUUGACGGUCACUACCAGGUUGGUUUGCCAUGGCGUUACCAGAGUCGAUGUUUGCCUGACAAUCGCCCUCUUGCAGAGUCAAGAUUACAAUCAUUGAAGAGGCGAUUUCAAAGAGACCCCAGCUUGUAUGAGAAAUAUAAGAAGACUCUUGAUGUCUACUUCAUGAAAGGUUAUGCCAGAGAGAUAUCUUCAUCAAGCCCCCAGGGUGUCAGGCCUGAGACUACCACUGAUGAGCAGCUUGCCAAAGGUGUAGAAACCGCAAUAACAGGACAGACAGUGUGGUACUUACCUCACCACCCAGUGCUGCAUCCACAAAAGCCAGGCAAACUUAGAGUAGUAUAUGACUGUGCUGCCAAGUACAAGGGUGUAUCGUUGAACGACCAGCUGCUUCAGGGACCUGAUUUUGCAAAUAAUCUAGUCGGAGUACUGACGAGAUUUAGAGAAGAGCCUGUUGCACUGGUAGCUGACGUUGAAGCAAUGUUUCACCAGGUUAAGGUGCCUGAUAAUGACAGCGAUGCCCUGAGAUUUCUCUGGUGGCCCAAUGGAGAUUAUUCCAAGGAGCCGACGGAUCAUAAGAUGCUGGUGCACCUGUUCGGUGCGACAUCAUCACCCAGCUGUGCCGGAUUUUGUCUCAGAAAGACAGCUGAAGACAACCGAGAGAACUUCGACAAGGAAACCGUCACCACAGUUCUCGAAAAUUUCUACAUGUAUGUAGAUGAUUGUCUUGUGUCAACGAAGACAGAAAGUGAAGCCAUCAGGUUAGCCAGUCAGCUUAUCCAGUUAUUAGCCAAAGGAGGAUUCAGGUUGACUAAGUGGGUAUGUAACAGUCGUGAUGUAUUGGUGACCAUUCCUGCUGAAGAGAGAGCUCCAUCGGUUGUUAAGUUGGAUUUUGAUCAUCUGCCAGUGGAGCGUACCUUAGGCGUGAGAUGGGAUGUUGAGGCUGACAAGUUUGGGUUCGAAGCAGCUGUGAAAUGCAAGCCCGCAACAAGGAGGGGUAUCUUGUCAACUGUAAGUUCAUUGUAUGACCCCUUGGGUUUCCUCGCACCAUUUAUCCUGCCAGUUAAAAUUCUUCUUCAGGAUCUCUGUCGUCAGGGGCGUGGCUGGGAUGAAAAGGUCGAGGAAUGCGAGAUGAUGAGGUGGAAGCGAUGGCUGGAUGACCUACCAAGGCUGACGUGCGUUACCAUUGAUAGAUGUCUCCAACCAAGGGAAUUCAGCGACAUAGUUGCCUUUCAGCUUCACCAUUUUUCUGACGCGUCAGAGCGAGGUUAUGCCGCUGUGUCAGUUGUCAGCUGCAGUUUUGGCGGUGAGGUUGAAUCAGCUGAUCCAAAGAGAUAUUAG